CUCCUUGCAGAGACGCUACAUGGCGGACCGGGAGCAAUCGCCAUGGAGCUGCUGGCUUGCUCGAUUCCUGGCGCUCCAUCACUCGCUCAUUCUCAUCGCCCUCCUCACUCAUCUCUAUCGAGUCAAUUGCAAUGCCUCCAAUGCUCAACAGCAGCUUCGCACACGCGCACAUGUCGCCGCCAUCGUCUCCACGAGUGCGCAAGCUCGACGUCCUGGAUGACAGUCGCGACCAGAGCCAACGCGGCAUCGGCCGCGUUAUUCUCGACACGCUGCAGCAGCGCGUAACCAUCGCAUCGCUUCGUUCGCUCAUUAACUGCUCUGGAAUCGGUGAGACGGAGCCGUUCAGCCUGCCACCACAGCGCCGCAUGCUAGCGCGUAUGAAGACGAACGCCAACUACUUUUUGACCAACUAUCUGCUAUUCACGCUCGGCGUCUUCGCCUUCUUGUUACUGUUCUUCCACCCGAUUCAGCUGUUGAUUUGCCUCGUUGUGGGCUACGGAUGGCACGUGUUUCUCACCAAGAAGGAGAUCCCGACCGGCAAGAUCGAGGUCUUGGGUCGACGACUCAGUGAACAAGACAUUCUACUCGCAGCAACAGGAUGUGGGUUUUGUUGCUGGUAG